GAUAAAAGUGUUUAUUUAAAUUCAAUAUCAAGAUAAAAAUAAAAGUUCUUAAUUAAACCAAACAAUUCUUAUAAUACACAUUGACCAAACCAUUUGCAUAAUUUUUAAAUGAUUAUGCAUGGUACUUGGUAUAAAGGACCACAAUUGGCACAUCCACACUCUCAUAGCGAGUAUCAUCAGUUUCGUUCAUAUCCCUCUUUUGUUGUUGCGCCCUAUCACGACGCCUCUUCCUCAUCGUCGGUAGUAUCAGCAGCUGCUGCAGCAGCUUUAACCAAUUCCACAGCACCCAGUGCUCCGAGUGCCCCGACUUUGGUAGAGGGUUCUUUUACCGCUACUGGUGUACAAUCGUCCAAUAAUUUAACCGUUUUAAGUCCAACCAUUAAAAUCGAACAUAGUUAUAGUGAUCACCAUCAUCAACAUCAGCAGCAAUCGCAACAUCCAGCACAAUCAUCAUUGGAUGGUGUUGAGGAUUAUACUCUCAAUGGAUUGGAUUGUUCCAUUGUAGAUAGUACCACAUUUAAGAAACCAACAAACUACGUUUGGCCCACAGCAAAUUCCGAAGCUGAAGCCAACAAUAAUACCAUCACAGAUCCAGCACAUCUAACAAAUCCAGCUACACCUCCCACACCACCGCCCGAUACCCAUCUUAAUCUAGAACAUCCCUCGAAAUCCUACAACAAUUCCUUAAAAUCCCUCAAUGAACCGGAAUUAAUUGAACAGCAGCAGCAACAACAACAUCAAGAGAUAAGCCAAAGUCACAAAUCCCUCAAGCAUAAACAAGCAGCAGCUGCAUCAUCAUCUUCGUCGUCAGAACAUCAUCUUGGUAACGGCUCUAAUAUGCCUAUAGGAGGAGUACAGGGUCAGAAUCCUACCCAGGGUUUGGUGCAUUGGAUGAGUGCUGUUAUGGCUGAGCACAUGACAGGGCAAACGCAUCAUGAUCCCACAGCAGUGGGCAUGCACUACAUGUGGAAUGGCAAUAUGGAUGUAAGUAUGCUGUCCGAGGAAUCAUCGAGAUUACAUCAUUCGCGAAGAAUUGGACGUGUAGCCACUAAUGAAGACGUAAUGCAUAAUCUUUUAUUGUCUUCUUCAUUUAUAGAUAGAUUUCGCUCAAAGCUGCAAAUCAAAAAAUUGGUGUACGAUAAUGAUGUUAAAAAAUUAAACUAUGCACGAAAUUGA